UCUAAUUAUUUUUCAGCUUUGAUUGCCAAACCAGUAAGAGAGCAAGAGUAAGUUCUUUUUACAACAAGCAAACAAACUUGUUAAUACUUACUGAAAAACUGAAGGGCAAACAGACAUUAGGGCAGCUCACAUGAUCAGUCCUUGGGUCAGAGAAGCAUCCUACCCAUGUUCUGGAACUGUGCACGCUCACACUUACUGAUGACGUGUCAGUAAAAAACAAGGUUUGGACGGGGAGUGAUGAUCUGCUAAGCGAUAUCUGGGCAGAAGAGCUUCAUCCUAACCAGCAGCUGUAACGUAAAGGUAAAGUUGUGCCGUCAAGUUAGUGUUGACUCCUGGCGACCACAGAGCCAUGUGGUUUUCUUUGGUAGAAUCCAGGAGAGGUUUACCAUUGCCAUCUCCCACGCAGGAUGAGAUGAUGCCUUUCAGCAACUUCCUCUAUCGUUGCUGCCCAAUAUAGGUGUUUCCCAUAGUCUGGGAAACAUUCCAGCAGGGAUUCAGACCAGCAACUUUAUGCUCACUAGGCAAGUUAUUUCCCCACUGCGCCAUUAGGUGGCAACCAGCAGCUGUACCCAGCUCUUUAAUAAGGUGGUGGUGGGGGGAUCUUCCUCCUCAGCUACUGCUUCCCAGACAAUCACUCCCCACACACUUGCUUUUUACUCACACACGACUGCUCAACGGGAGUGUACACAGCUCCCAAACUUGUGUAGGAUGCAUCUCCUACCCAAGUACUACCGAUGGUGUGAAGUGCCCUAUGAUCUUACUAAUCAAUAAGCUGCAUCACUGCUAAUAAUAACUUAUAGUCAAAUCUUAGUUGUGUGGAGACUGUCAAACUCCCUGUGAUUGACUGCAUAACCCUCUAGCUGUCAAGGCACAUGUUUCUUGGCUGCUCAGUAUCCCUAUGCAUGAUCUACUUCCGUCCACAUUGGUCAUGCUGCUUGAUUCAGCAGUCACAUGCGUAUUGUUUUGUUCCACCAGGAUCCAUGAAACUACAGCCCUGGAUCCCCUGGUUAGGGAUGUGCGAACCAGUUCUAAUUCGAACCAGUUCUAAUUCGAACGGGGUGGUUCGAUGGUUUGAAUUCAAACCAAACCAGCCAUCAGUUUCAAGCUGCAGGUUCAAAUUCGAACCAAACUGGGGGUGGUUCGAUUUGAACCAGUUCAAACCAGUUUGAACUGGUUUGAAACUCCAAAAGUGGGUGGGGUGGUAGCUGGCACCCAUGGGUACCUAGCCUCCAAACUCCAAAGCAAUCGGACACUCAUACGAUUUUUUAAUGAAUUUUUGGAUUUUAUUAUUUUUUUUUCUCAUAGGGUACAAAAGAGUGGUUGAAAAGAUGAGGUCUGGUUUGAAACUCCAAAUGUGGGUGGGGUGGUAGCUGGCACCCAUGGGUACCUAGCUUCCAAACCCCAAAGCAAUCGGACACUCAUACGAUUUUUUAAUGAAUUUUUGAAUUUUAUUAUUAUUUUUUCUCAUAGGGUACAAAAGAGUGGGUGAAAAGAUGAGGUCGCUCCUUCUACAAACAGCUGCCUCUAUUGCAGGGCUGCUCUAUUUUGGCCCUCCUCCAGGUGUUGGCCUACAACUCCCAUAAUCCCUGGCUAUUGACCACUGUGUCUGGGGAUUAUGGGAGUUGUAGUCCAAAACAACUGGGGGCCUAAGUUGAGCAGGACUGCUCUAUUGGCAUAUCUGUGUUUUCUCUCUAGACAACAUGUGGCGGGGCUUGGGUCUUUCCUCUUCUCCAACUGCAAGCAGUUGAAGAGAGGGGAAAAGAAAAAAAGAGAGAGAACAAAAGCAGUCUUUUGUUCGGAGAAACUUUUUGCAGCAAGAACAGUGUUAUCUUUUGGCUUGAUUACAACGGGAUAGUAGCAGCAAGAAUUUAGACUGAUUGCAACACAAGGGCAGCAGGCAGCUGUUUUGAGCUUGGAAACAGAACACAGAGACAACAUGAUUUUAGCAAAAGACAAUCAUUCUUUUCCUCUUUAAUACUUUCUUCAGUUCCCUUGUUCUCCAUAGCAUGUUUUUUAUUUAUUUAUUUUUGCAUUUUUAUACCACCUUUCGUUAAAAUAUAGCCCCAAGGCGGUUUACAAAAGUUAAAAACAUACAAUAAAAACAACAUGCUAAGAGUAUAACAACAUAUAAAAACAAGCAUAAAACAAUACAACAAAUAAAAACACCCAGAAGCAGCAGUAAAAACGAUUAUGUAAAAGCCUGGGUAAAAAGCCAAGUCUUUACAAGCUUUCUAAAAGACAUGAUGGCGUCCGAGGAAUGAAUGGCCACUGGGAGAGCAUUCCAGAGUCUAGGAGCAGCAACAGAGAAGGCCCUGUCCCGAGUGCACGACAGCCGGGCCUCUCUCAUUGUCGGCACCCGGAGCAGGGCCCCCUCAGAUGUCCUCGUCAAGCGGGCAGCAACCCUUGGGAGGAGGCGGUCCCUCAAAUACCGUUUAGGGCUUUAAAGGUCAAAACCAGCACCUUGAAUUGGACCCGGAAACGAACCGGUAGCCAGUGCAGCUCUUUCAAAAUGGGGGUGAUAUGUUCCCAACGGGCAGCUCUGGAUAAAACCCUCACUGCCGCGUUUUGCACUAGCUGCAGUUUCCGGAUAUUCUUCAAGGGCAGCCCCACGUAGAGCGCGUUACAGUAAUCCAGCCGUGACAUGACUAAGGCGUGGGUAACCAUGGCCAGAUCUGCCUUCUCGAGAAAGGGACACAGCUGGUGCACCAGCCGAAGCCGUGCAAAGGCACCCCUGGCCACCGCCUCCACCUGAGCUUCCAAAAGCAGAGCCGGGUCCAGUAGUACCCCCAAGCUGCGUACUUGCUCCUUCAAGGGGAGUGCAACCCCAUCCAGAACCGGUAAAAUCUCCUCAUCCCGAUUGGCUCUCCUACUGACCAACAGUACCUCCGUCUUAUCCGGAUUCAAUUUCAGUUUGUUAGCCCACAUCCAACCCAUCACGGCCUCCAGCCCCCGGUUCAGGACAUCCACCGCCUCCCUAGGAUCAGAUGACAAGGAGAGAUAGAGCUGAGUGUCAUCCGCAUAUUGCUGACAACUCAGUCCAAAUCCCCGGAUGACCUCUCCCAGCAGCUUCAUGUAGAUGUUAAACAGCAUUGGGGACAAGACCGAACCCUGCGGGACCCCACGGGCCAAUGGCCACGGGGCCGAGCAGUAGUCCCCCAGCACCACCUUCUGGACCCUCCCCUCAAGAAAGGACCGGAACCACUGCAACGCAGUGCCUCCGAUUCCCAUACUCAAGAGGCGGCCCAGAAGGAUACCAUGGUCGAUGGUAUCGAACGCCGCCGAGAGGUCCAGCAGAACCAACAGGGACGCACUCCCCCUGUCUAGUUCCCGGUGUAGGUCAUCCACUAGAGCGACCAAGGCAGUCUCAGUCCCAUACCCGGGGCGGAAGCCAGAUUGAAAAGGGUCCAGAUAAUCCGUAUCAUCCAAGACCCUCUGCAGCGGGGACGCCACCACACGCUCUAUCACCUUGCCCAAAAAGGGAAGGUUAGACACAGUUCUAUAGUUGUCCAGGCUGGAGGGAUCAAGGGAGGGCUUUUUUAAUAGAGGUCUUACCACCGCCUCCUUAAGGCACGAUGGCAUCCUGCCCUCCCUUAAUGAAGCAUUAACGAUCACCUCCAGCCAUCUGCCUGUCCCCUCCCUGGCAGCUUUUAUUAGCCAUGAAGGGCAAGGGUCAAGAGCGCACGAAGUCGCCCGCACACUGCCCAGGAUCUUGUCCACAUCCUCAGGCCGCACCAACCGAAAAGAAUCCAACACAACGGGACCAGAUGGUACCAGAGGCACGUCUGCCGGAACUUGUUGGAAUGGAGAAGCUGCUUGGAGCAUGAUGGUAAUAUAUAUGGUGGGGGGUUUCUUUGGUAGGCCUGUGCAUAUUGGUGUUAUUAAAAUUUACCGGUAUAUGUAUAAAUAAAAGCAAUUGCAAAAGGAUGUUACUGAGCUCAUGAUAUGGCCAACUUCCAUAUAGAGGCGUUUUUAAAACUUUCAUUCUGAGGGCGCCUCCCCCUCCCGUGAGAAUCAUCCAAUUUUUCAACACGCAUUCUAAAGGUACUUGCUAUUUCUACUCCCCAUAACCCCCCUCUAUUUUGCCCCUUCGCAGGCUUGCCCCUACUGGGCUCUAGUUUUUUUCCCCUGCGCGGGCUUGCCCCUACAUGGGCUGUCGUCCCUGCUCGGACGUUAAGUUUUGCCCCUUCUCGGGCAGCCCCUGCUCGGACUGUAAGUUUGCCCCUUCUCGGGCUGUAAUUUCCCCUCACCCCUGCUCGGACUGGGUACUCACCAAAAGACGUCUCUGGAUUUCACUCUCUCACUCACUCUCUCCGUUCACACUUUCAUUCACUCUUGCCUCGAUUCCCAGAUGUGGUGCGUUGUAACGACUGGCGUGUCCUGGGCUAAGAGAAUCCUCCACAGACAAAACGCUGUGAGGUGCGCUGGAUCUCAUUGUCCCGUGACGGGUCAGACUGUCCACCCAAGUCACAUCCGACUCUCACGGCACCAAAGUGAUGUGAAUUCGGUUCGUCCCUGGGUCCGCCUUUUAGCCAAUCAAACAGACUCAGUGGGAAUAUUUUUGAGGCUUUUAUUGCACUGCAGUUGCAACAGGUAAUCAGUGGGCUUUACGCUCUCAAACUGAUUACCAAUUGGUUAUAGGUGCAUCUUACAUUUAUACAGACAAUCUGAAUGAUGCUGACACCCUAGACAUAGUAUACGUGGCAACAAAAUGGUGGACUAAGUAUCUAGUACGAAUGCGAAUAAUUCAUUGUUCAUCUGGUGAUUACUCCUUAUUUAGUUACAUCCUGUUUUCUUAAUUGUCAGCAAAGAACAGUGAGAAUCCUGUGAGAACCAAGUUUCCUUAGAUACAAUUUAGUGGAGAGAGAUAAUGACGUUGAUCAUGAGAGGCCGUGAUGGCCCUGUGCUGGGCUGGGGUUACUUUAAGUCAGAUUGAGGUUUUCUAAGUAAAAUGGAGUUACUUUGGUUUUCUAAAACACAUCACUUUCAGGCUGCUGGCAACCAUUUUAAUGAUAGACACCAAGGGAAGGAGCAAUCCAGGCUCUAGGAUUUGUCAAUGCACAGUGCUGCUCAUUCAUUCAUUCAUUCAUUCAAAGUUUAUUACGGUCUAUGACCAGCACAACAAGGGGGGGGGGAAAUACAAUUAAAAUAUAAAUAAUUUUAAAAAACAACAAAAAACAAGUCAACAGUCUAACCCAUCAACAAUAUUAUAACUGAAAGGUUAUAGAGCAGCACUAGGACUGUUAAUUAAAAACUGGCGCACUCUUCGAGCUGCACAAAAGCCCGCCACUUUCCGAGUAAUGGCAGGUAUGCUGUCCUCAAGCAGGAAAGCCACUUGUUGGCUAGGCGAAUUUCCUGGGAAAUGAGCCAACAGUGGAGAUAUUAGUUCUAAAUGUAAGUCCCUAUAAAAGGAGCAAUAAAGCAAAACAUAUUCAAUUGUUUCAACUUCCCCAUCACCACAGGGGCAUAGAUGCUCCACAUAAGGAGGCCCACUGUAGCGACCUUCAAGGACAGCAGAGGGAAGGCAUCUACAUCUGGCCUGUGUAAAAGCCAACCUAUAUCUGGGGAUGUCUAAUAGUUGCAGAUAAGAUAAAGGAGCAACAAGGUACCUUGUGGUAUCGUUACAGUAGAAACCUAGAGACUUAGAUAAAUCUUCCUGCCGCUCCGUGUCUAAUAUUUUCUGUUUCACCAAGGCAUGGGCUUGUGAUACUUCCAUUUUGAGCAGGGUAAGCGGAAGCAACCCCAGUGUUGCCAGUUUAGUAAGUAUUCUGUGUUCCCAGGAGGCAUGAAAUGAAUCUUGUGAUGUGAGAAAUACUAAACUACCAUGGGAGUGAUGGAUUUUAAUCCAGUAAAAAACCGUAAGUAUCCAAUAUCUAGUCUCCACCUUCACUAGACCCAUCUCCAGUCUCAAUCUCAAAAUAAUAAUAAUAAUAAUAAUAAUAAUAAUAAUAAUAAAUUAAUAAUCUGGCAUCAGAGACACAACGGGGGGUCGAAAGUACAGCUCUAAGAAAUUUAGAUUGAAUUCUUUCCACCUGCUGAAAACUAGAUAAAGGCCCUAGCUGUGCACCAUAUGUAAGCUGAGCAAGAGAUUUGGCAAGAAAAGGUUUGAUAGCAGAGGGUAUAAAAUGCCCCCCCCCUUACUCCAAAAAAACCUUAGAAUAGCGGAUGCACUCCUUUGAGCAUUCUGGGACACAUAGGUAGCAUGUGGCUUCCUAGAGCCCGAGGCAUGGAAGAGGACCCCCAAAUAAUUGAAGGUAGAAACUUGCUGAAUAGGGUAGUCAUCAAUUUUCCAAUUGUGAUGUUUAGGUUUUUUUACCGAGGGCCAUGAUCUUUGUUUUAGCACAAUUAAUUUCAAGACGAUUUCCUUUACAAUAGGAGGCCAAUACCCCCAGGGCACGUCUAAGACCCACAGGUGUUUUUGCCAGGAUAAGAGUAUCAUCAGCAUACAACAAUGAGUUAAUGUGCUUCUCUGCUAACUUUGGCAGGUGAAAAUUCAGAUCUGCCAAAUGAGUAACCAAAUCAUUAAUAUAAAAAUUAAAAAGAAGUGGAGCCAGUAUACAACCCUGGCGUACCCCUUUCUGAUUGGGGAUUGCAGAGGACAAAUGGCCCCAGGGAGAGCCGCGCACCUUCAUGAUGCACCCAGUGUGUCCCAUGGGAAGCUGUGUUAGGGGAGAUCUUGUUUAAGGUGGCCUCUGUGUCAUCUCCAGGGAUUUUGGGUGCCUCUUUGUUAUCUCCUGGUAUUAGGGAUGCACCACCUUUCUGAGUUCCAUGCAUUACCUGGUUGAGCAAAGCCUCCUUAGUCAUUAAUGGUGCUUUUGCUGAGGUCUGCUGUGAGAAGGAUAUGCGUUUCCUCAGUCGUGUUUUUGGGAUAGGCCACAAAGGAGCAAUUGACCAAUCAACCUUUAAAUAUCCAAGGGUGCUCACCGAUAUUCUAGUCCUUCGACUUACCCCUCAGCCUGCACUGUUACUGCUAUUGUGACCAGCCUAACUCUAACUAAAAUGCCUAAGUACAGAACGGAGUAGGCGGGGAAAAAACCCAACCUUGGCCAAUACGUUGAGAGAGAAAAAUUCCUACUCAGCCCCCACGGGCGACCAGUCAUUAGACCCGCUCUGCAUCAGGGAAGGGAGGGAGGGGAUCGCCAAAGCGAAACUGAUCGCUUGGGGCGUGGAUCCGCGUUAAGGGGCCAAUCGGCCCGCUUCUUGGGCCUCGUGCGGAGCAGGGGCUGGGACAAACUUCCUCCCCUCCGCACGAGGACAAGGGGAGGGGGAAACUGGAGGCUGGGGAAGCCAGGCCUGGUCUCCAGGAAUCCCACAAUGCAGCACCACACGAGCAGCACUGUGCAUUGAGAAACCCUAGAGGCUGGGUUGCUCCUUCCCUUCACGUCUAUCAUUAAAAUGGUUGCCAGCAACCUGAAGGAAGUUUCCAGCAGCCCAGCUGCCCACAUGACCAGAUGGUGAGGGAGGAGGGUGCAUGUUCACCCUCCUACCUCACCUGAACUACCUGUUCAAGGAGUCCCCGGAUAGGUAUCGAUCCCCCCGCUCCAAUCAGCAGCUCUGCCCAGGUAGGUCAGCACUAGGCCUGCCAGAGCUGGGUGUGAGAACAACCUCAUAGUUUCUCAAGUGAAAUAGAUACCAUGGUACUUAUUUUAUGCUGGAAGUUAAAGGACUUUGCUCUGUCUCUUUGUCUCAGACAGUGGAGUAGUAAGUCAGAGGGCUAGAGGGUCAAGACAUUGGUCAUCACUUCUCCACUGCUCUGAUGCUAUCCCUUUGAUAUGUAGAUUGCUACUUAGGGACUAACUUCCUACUUCCUCUCUCUCUCUUCCCUACCUGGCCUCCUACCUUGCAACAUGGCAAGCCUCUCUCCCUGCACCUUAUGUGCAGAGAAGAUGCAGAAUCCAUCUGCAUCCAGCUAGAUAGAUAGAUUAGAGAUCCUAACUCCUCACUUUCCUAUCUAGAAUGGAGUUCCUUAAUAAAUGCCUUUUAUAUUGAUUUGAAACUAUGAAUUGGCUCCAAGUUACUUUACUCUCAGCAUACACGCAUGCCUAACUAAACUACCGCUGUGUUGUGCCUCUGUGCACUCUGCUAUAAUGAGAAAGGGAUUCUCUCACCACAGAGAAUUUCCAACCUUUUACAUAUACAAGUUAGAGUUUGACAUUAUUCUGCAUGUAAUAUAGUUUGAUAUCUUUAUGCACGAAAUAAAUUCUGCAAAAGAGUGUUAUAUUUUCUGCAUGAAAUAUAUUCAAAUUCAUUCAAAUCCCAGGAGAUAACAAAGAGGCACCCCAAAUCCCUGGAGAUGACACAGAGGCCACCUUAAACAAGAUUUCCCCUAACACAGCUUCCCAUGGGACACACUGGGUGCAUCAUGAAGUGAAGACCUCUGCUCGCCACAAACUGAACAUCUUGCUGACUGAUGAUGUCUACUUGCUUCAGCAGUUCCAUUAUGAAGCUAGUCUGAACAAAUGGCAAACGCGCCCAUCCCAAAAACACGAGUGAGGAAACGUAUAUCCCUCUCACAGCAGACCUCAGAGAAGGCACCAUUAAUGACUAAGGAGGCUCUGCUCAACCAGGUAAUGCAUGGAACUCAGGAAAGUGGCGCAUCCCUAAUCCCAGGAGAUAACAAAGAGGCACCCCAAAUCCCAGGAGAUGACACAGAGGUGUGCUUAAACAAAAUCUCCCCAAAUAAAACGUCUCAUGAGACAAACUGGGAGCAUCAUAAAGUGAAGUCCACUGCUCUCCACAGGCUGAACAUCUUGCCGACUGAUGAUGUCUACUUGCUUCAAGGGGAGAAUUAUAAGGCUGGACUCAACAAGCGGCAAUCACCCCUUAUCCCAAACACACCAAUACGGAACGGGAUAUUCCACUCAGAGAAGACAUCAGAUAAGGCACCAUUAAUGACUAAAGAGACACUGCUCAACCAGCUAAUGCUUCAAACUCAAGAAGGAAGCGCACCCAAAAUGCCAGGAGAAAACAAAGAGGCACCCCAAAUCCCUGGAGACGUCACAGAGGCUUCCUUAAACAAAAUCUCCCGUCACAUCACAUUUUCCCAUGGGACACACAGGGAGCAUCAUGAAGUGAAGACCACUGCUCACCACAAGCUGAACAUCUUGCCGACUGAUUAUGACUACUUGCUUCAGGUGCAGAAUUAUGAAGCUGAUCUGAACAAGCUGCAAUCACCCCCUAUCCCAAUCCAACGAGUGUGGAGCCACAUAUCCCACGUGAUCCGUAUGCUCAACGUGGAUUGCACAGAAUCAAAGGUCCAGCUGGCCUGUGCUAAGAUUAUCUCCAGACUAUGUCCCCUCAUGAAACUCUUCAGUGAGAGAGAAUAUGUCAAGGAGACUUCCACCCUGUGGAAGACAUACUGCUGGCCUUUAAUGAAUGUUGCCAACCUGGCCCCAGGAAGUCCAAGAAAACUGGAGAAACCUGAGGGGGAUCUUUAUGAAACUGUUUGGAAAAAGCGGCGAUCGCCCUUCAUCCCAAUGAAACUAAUGAGGAACCGCUUAUCCCACGCAAUCCGUAUUCUCAAAGUAGACUGCACAGAGUUCAAGGUCCAGCUGGCCUGUGCUAAUCUUCUCUCCAGAAUAGAACUCCUAAUGAAACUCUUCAGUGGGAGUGAAAACAUCAAGGAGACUCCCACGCUGUGGAAGUCAUCCUGCUGUCCUAUGAAGAAUGUAGCCAACCUGGCCACAAGAAGUCCAAGAAAACUGGCGAAACCUGAGAUUGCAAGCCAGGGAAUCCCAGAAUCUGGCUAUGGCAAAAGGCUGUUUGCUAUAUCAGUGAGUGCAGUGGUAACGAUUAUCAUUUCAGUCAUUUGCCUGUUUGAGACCUGCUCUCAGCGUUCUGCAACUAAGGAUGGCACCCCUCAAGAAAAAUGGACCUUUCUGGGCAGAAAGAAGAAAGGUGCAAAACAGUAUAAUGAAGAAUCCUCAGAAGUCAAGGAUAUAUUCAGCUGGGCAAGGUCACAAAUGACUGCACCGUCCCCUGUUAGAAAGCCCAGUUCGAAGACACUGUCUGCACCUCCACCCGUUUGCACCUCAGUCCACACCUCUGUCUGUACCUCCAUCCAUGCCUAUGUACAUAACUCUCUAUAUACCUCCCCUGUAUCUCUGUCUCUCUCCAUCCACACCUCCAUAUGUACAUCGAUCGGCAUUUCGUCCCUAUGUUCUUCAAUCAUUUCAACCUCCGUCUGCACCUCCGUCUGUACAUGGGUGUUGAUCUGCUGCAAGAUUGUGAUCUUAAGAAGAUAUCUACUUUUGCAAAACAUUUUUCUGACAUGUGUUUAGUUAUUAAGGGAAACGGGAGCGCACACAGCUCCCAAACCUGGGUACGACACAUCUCCUGCUCUAAUUAGAAUUGUAUAAACCAGCCCACAAUGAAGAAUUAAGGUUUUGCAACCAUUUCAGUCUGUAGGAGACCAGGUUUAGAGUGGGAAUGCUGUAAGACACCUUGUAUGUGUACCUGCAAUCCUGUAAAAGAGAUGUGAGAGUCAGAAUUGGGCUGUGCCGGCAAACCACAAAGCAAGGUUUGAAGGUUAUGGAAAAGGAAGAAAUACCAAAAGAGCCAGAAGCUCAAAGGACCUAGAACGGCUUGGUAGGCUAGGUAAGAGCCACAGUCUCCCUAUUGUAUACUAUUCUACUAUUAUUCUGUUGUUGUUGUUGUUAGUAUUAUUAUUACUAAUGUUGUUUUUAUUAUUAGAAUAUUAUUAAAUACAUCUGAAAGACA